CUGUCCGUCAUGCCCUUUGAUCAAUGCAAUGAUCUGUCGAGCAUCCCACUGGAUGGAUUUGCUCGGCAAGUGAGUCCCCAUACUCGCGCUGAGGACCCUUUCGUCGCAAGAGCACCCGAUCCUCUCUCUGCCAAUUGGACCUACGACAAUGCAGUCAAUCUCUUCGCCUUGAACUCGACGGAUAUGAGCCCCGCCAGUUUCGAUUUUGCAGACAGUCUGACAAACUCAGACUCCAAGGAUCUCUUUGUGGAUCCAUUUGCUUCGAGGAUCAGUGGGUUCACAAUGCCAAUGGCCGAGGACACGGCCUCGCUGUCGGAAUUUGACAGUGAUGAUCAGCCGUGGCCAUCCCAAGGCUCGCGUCCCUCCCUCGACUCAUCCACCUUCGAGUCUUCGUCAUUCACCCAUUCCACCUUCAACUCGUCUGAUCCCGACAAUCAAUCACAAGACUGUGUCUCAACACGGUGGUCGUCAAGCCCAGAAACCCAGGCCGAAGAUUACACCCAGGAGACAAAAAGCUCGACCAGAUUGGCAUCAAGUCGCAAGCGACGCAGUCCGUCCCAGGACUCGAACCGCUCGUCAACGAGUCAAGACCCCCAGAUGCGCAAUUCGGCCAAACGCGCCGCACACAACAUCAUCGAGAAGCGCUACCGCACCAACAUGAACGCCAAGUUUGUUUCACUGGAGCAGGCCAUCUCAAUCGCCAAUGACCAGCCACAUUCUCGCAAGGCGGGUGCGGGAUCGCUCAAGAAAUCCGAGAUCCUGUCCAAUGCUCUGGCGUAUAUCGAGAAUUUGCAGAAGGAGAACCUGGCCUUGCGCAAGGAGAUGGCUUCGCUCAAGCAGAAUUUGUUGCCGGGUGGAAUCUGGCGGCAGGGUAAACAGUUGCGGAUUUGA